AUGCUUGUUAUUCUCAGUGACCUUACAGGCAUUCGACUUCAUCCGUAUUCGCUGUUGUCAACGGUGCCAGGAAAAAUGGAAAACAACGCAGAGCCAACCGAUGCAAAGCGUUUACGUUUAGAAAACGGCGACAUCUGCGAGUCUGAGCUGACCUCCGUUCACAACAACCAUGUUGCCAAGAUCAGCGAGCCCCAGUGCCGUCGCUGGACGUUAGGGAGUUACACGCUGUUGGCUGACUCCGAUGUGGUUGAUACUAGUUGGCGGUUGGAAUGCGUGCUACAUUUGGCUGGAUACGGUCAGCGAACUGGUGAAUCCAGGACGCCAUCAUGGCAGUCGGCCUGGGGUGGGCAGUUGGUGUACAUCGCAGCAGGUGAAAUCGACGAGUUACUCACCGUUAUUCCUACGGACAACGCCCUCACUUUGGUUUACACUGGCCCCGGAACUGGUAGUUUUGUGAAAUACAUCAACCAUUCCGCUCGGCCUUUGCCCUUGGAAACUCAAUCCACAGAGACUAGGAGGUCAUCUGUCACAGCUCCCUGUGUGUACGACUUUGCGAUAACAUACCACGAGUCAGAUUCAGUUGAACCCACUGCAAUGUCAAAUGCCUUGGUUGAUGAAGAAGAUGAUUCAUCCGAGGAGUCCGAGAGUGUUGAUGACGAUGACGAGGAUGGUGAAUUUUCCUCUGCUAACUGUACUUUAGAAUGA